AUGACUGCCAUUGUGAAAUCAGGCUCGUCUCUCGGGCGGUUAUGGAUGGUGGCAGCUCUGUCACUCCAGACAUCAGCCAUGCAAUUGUUCAAUACUACUCCUUCAGGGGUUCCCGUCGCAUGUGGAGAUGCUUUGACAACUAACAUCACUUGCAAUCAGCUCGUCCCUGUUCCCGUCAUCGUCAAUCAGCAAGACUCCCUCUAUCAGAUUCGUAAUGCAGCGGAGAGCGCAUGUGGAACGGACGUAUAUAGCUUUUCGGGAGUCAAUCAGACUGUGCAAAGCUUUUUGGACCCUCUGACUUGGGCUUACAAUGUGUCAUGCCUGACUAGUGGCGAAGAGUUCUGCUAUUCAGAUAUCAUGAACCGCAACACUUCUAUUCAGCCAUGCUCUGAUUGCUUCUUGCAGUAUGAGGCUGCCAUGCUAGGAUCCACAUACGGUCGACAACGGAUUGAUCCAGUGGCAUUCUCCUCUCUUCUUUCCUCGUGCAGUGUCCCAGCCUCAAAAUAUCCCUAUUCUACACCGACAGCUCUGAGUGCUACAUUGCCCUCCACUACUGUCAUUGCUGUCGCAGCUUGUACCGGUACUACCUACACUGUGGAGAGCACUGACACCUGCAGGUCAAUUUCGUCGGUCCACAAUAUCGCCACGGACAGAUUCGUUACGGAAAACCAUCUGGAUAGCAACUGUACUACACUGAGUACUGGUGAUGAUGUCUGCCUUGGAGCGAGCUGUACCCUUAGGGAUACGAGAACAAUCCAUACAGCAUGUGACAAUAUUGAUACAAUGAUUGGCAAGAAUAUCUGUCUAUCGCUCCAAAUGGAACGUUACAACUACCAACUUCACCACCUCAUGGAAUUUUACGUUUGUCCUUCCGCCGACAUUGUGAGCAACUUCGGAAAUUUCACACUGACCCAGUUCUACACUUGGAACCCUGCCAUUGGUACAAACUGCAAGCAUCUCGACGUUGAUGAUGCUGCAUGUAUCGGCGUCCCUGGUGCCUCCACUGUUACAGCGACUAGUGCCGCAGCCAGUACUACUACUACGACCAACGCCGCUCCCUCACCACUCAUGCCGGAUACAGAUGACACCUGCGAUUCGAUUGAGGAAGCGUAUAGCAUCACAUCUGACCAGUUUUCUGAGUGGAAUCCCUACGUCUCGAAUGGUACGGAUUGCCAGCACUUAUGGUUGAAUACUUAUAUUUGUGUUGGAGCUCCAGAUUCUAGCUCAAGCGACAAAGACAGCACUACUACAACCAUGCUCCUUAGCACCACUACUACUACCCAGACUGCUACCGUUACCGUCCCUUCCCCGUUGACUCCCAGCACAGAUGCAGACUGCACUAAGUAUCAUUACGUGGUUGACGACGAAGAUUGUGAGACCAUUGAGUCCCAGUAUCGCAUAACUGCGGCCCAGUUUAAUUCGUGGAAUCCGUACGUUGGCUCGGGCUGUGCAAGUCUGUGGCUGCACUAUUAUGUCUGUGUGGGUGUUUAA